UAGUACAGCCAGGCAGCGUGUCGCCGUCCCCAUCGCCCCGGUUGGCCCCAUGCUGCUUCCCCGCUCCAUGUGCUCUCAAAACUCUCGCAGCUCUCCCUCCCUCCCUCUCUCCGCCUAUUCUCCAGCACCAUGCUGCUCCUCGAAUCUCCACUCAAACACUAGAGCUUCCCUGACCAUGGACGAUUUCCCGCCGCCCCGCCUCCCGGCGACACUCCUCGAUCUAGUGGUUUGCGCCGCCCUUUUCAUUUUCCUCGCCCUAGCGUCCAGCACCACCGUCGCUGAGACGGACCCCGGUGAUCUGGCGGCAAUGCAGGCUCUCGCCUCCGAUCUGGGCGCCGACCGCGCCCUCUCUUGGUCGCCCUCCUCCGAUCCCUGCUCCUCUUGGAGCGGCGUCGUAUGCUCCGGCGUCCGUGUCACCGCCAUCCAGGUUGGUAAUAAGAGCCUCGCCGGGUCUCUCCCACCCGACGUACGCAACCUUACUCAUCUCGUCCGCCUCGAGCUCCAGCAAAACCGCCUCUCUGGGAAGCUACCUUCGCUAGCGGGGCUAUCCUCCUUGCAGUUCCUCCUCCUCCACAGCAACCUCUUCUCCUCCAUUCCUGAUGACUUCUUCUCCGGGCUGUCUUCUCUCCAGGCCGCUUUCCUUGAUGACAAUCCCUUCGCCCCUUGGAAUCUCCCCGCAUCUCUUGGUGAUGCCGUUGCUCUUGUGAACUUCUCCGCCAACACCGCUAAUGUCACUGGCUCCCUCCCUGACUUCUUCGCUACUUCCUUCCCUGGGCUUGAUCACCUUGGCCUUGCCUACAACCUGCUCUCCGGUCCCGUCCCUGCAGCUUUUGUUGGCGCCCCUUUACGUUCGCUCUGGCUCAACAACCAGCAGGGCUCUGUCCGCCUCUCGGGUGGGAUCGCCUUUAUAGAGAACAUGAUCGCCCUCGAGGUGCUAUGGCUCCAGUCUAACGACUUCUCCGGGCCUCUCCCCGACUUUUCUAGGCUCACUAAUUUGGCCAUUCUUGAGCUCCGAGAUAACCAGUUUUCCGGCACUGUGCCCAGUUCUUUGACUGAGCUCAAGUCGCUGACUAAGGUCACCCUCACCAACAACUUGCUGCAGGGCCCUUUGCCAGUCUUCCCUGCUUCUGUGAAUCUGGACCUCAAGCCUGAAAGCGAGAGUUUUUGUCUCGCGAAACUAGGGAGGUGCGAUGACCUCGUCGAUCUCUUGCUUUCUGUCGCCAAAAAUUUUGACUACCCGGUUCGUUUUGCACACAACUGGAAGGGGAAUGACCCUUGCGGGUGGGAGGGGAUCACCUGCGACGCCAAUGGCAACAUCACUGUGAUCAAUUUCCAAAAGAUGGGUCUGAAUGGUACAAUCUCACCGGAUUUUGGUUUGUUCACCUCGUUGCAGAAGCUGCUGUUAUCAAAUAACAAUCUCACCGGGGCAAUCCCCUCCACGCUCAUCAAUUUGACUGCGCUUAAGGAAUUGGACGUGUCCAAUAAUUCGCUUUGGGGGAAAGUGCCCAUAUUUAGUCAGAAUGUAGUGGUGAGGACUGAUGGAAAUGUACAUAUAGGGAAGGAUACUGUUGCUCCUCCAGGAUUGCAACCUGGUGCCACUCACAGCGGAAGCAAUCCAAACCCGGAAGUCUCUGCUGAUGGAAAUAGCAGCGGCAGUGAGAAGUCAUUUUCUGGGCCUGUAGUUGUUAUUGUGGGUUCAGUGAUUGCCAUGGUUGUUGUCGUCAGCCUUAUUGCAUUGUCAGGCUUUUGCUAUUACAGAAGGAAGAAGCAGAAUUUUGGUAGAGUUCAGAGUCCAAACACAACAGUGAUACACCCACGAUAUUCAGGGUCUGAUGAUUUGGUUAAGAUCUCAGUUGUGGAUUCAAUUGCCAAUGGAGGCACAAAUGCAAGCGAGUCGUACAGCCAGACGAGUAGUGGUCCUAGUGAUGUUCAUGUAGUUGACGCAGGAAACAUGGUGAUCUCGAUUCAGGUUCUUAGGAAUGUCACCAACAAUUUUAGUGAAAAGAACAUAUUGGGUCGUGGUGGUUUUGGUACAGUCUACAAGGGUGAGCUCCAUGAUGGUACCAAGAUUGCAGUCAAAAGGAUGGAAGCUGGCAUCCUAGGGACAAAAGGCUUGAAUGAGUUUAAAUCUGAGAUUGCAGUCCUCACCAAAGUUAGGCACCGGAAUUUGGUUUCACUUCUUGGUUACUGCUUGGAUGGGAACGAAAGGCUCUUGGUCUAUGAAUACAUGCCCCAAGGGACAUUGAGUCGACAUCUUUUGGACUGGAAGGAAGAAGGGCUAAAGCCUUUGGAAUGGAAGAAAAGGCUAAGCAUUGCCCUGGAUGUGGCAAGAGGUGUGGAGUAUUUGCACAAUUUGGCACAUCAAAGUUUCAUCCACAGGGAUCUUAAACCUUCAAACAUCCUCCUUGGGGAUGAUAUGAAAGCUAAAGUUGCAGAUUUUGGCCUUGUACGCCUUGCUCCAGAUGGAAAAGGUUGUUCUGUUGAAACAAGGCUAGCUGGUACAUUUGGUUAUCUUGCUCCAGAAUAUGCCGUGACGGGUCGAGUGACGACAAAGGCUGAUGUAUUUAGCUUUGGAGUGGUAUUGAUGGAGAUAAUCACUGGUAGGAAGGCUCUUGAUGAGAACCAGCCAGAGGAGAGUGUGCACUUGGUCACAUGGUUUCGAAGGAUGCAACUUAACAAGGACACAUUCCGGAAGGCCAUUGACUCAACGAUCCAUCUUGAUGAGGAGACCUUUGCAAGCAUCAGCACGGUUGCAGAGCUAGCUGGUCAUUGCUGUGCUAGAGAGCCUCACCAAAGGCCAGAUACGGGGCACGCAGUCAAUGUCCUUUCAUCACUUGCGGAACUCUGGAAGCCAUCCAUUCUGAAUUCUGAGGACAGUUACGGAAUUGACCUUGACAUGUCUCUUCCUCAAGCACUAAAAAAAUGGCAGGCAUUUGAUGACAGCAGUCGUUUUGAUGGAGCCACAUCAUCAUUUGUGGCAAGCUUGGACAACACUCAGACCAGCAUACCAACAAGACCACCAGGUUUUGCAGAUUCCUUUACCUCAGCUGAUGGAAGAUAAAAUUAACAGAAGAGAACUAGAACUAUGCAGUUCUGAGCUCUGUUCAUUCUUGUGUAUUGUUUGGUUUUUUUCAUCAUCACGUUUCUGUUUUUCCGUCUUGUGAAUGUAUCUUGAAGGCCAUCUGAACUUGAUUAUCUUAAAACCUUCUCAGAUCA